UCUGAGGUUACGCGUGUAGACGGUGACGUAGCCUUACCGGUGCACGGCUGACGUAGCGACACUUCACAGUACGCCGGCUGUGCCGGUAUAUCGCAAGGAGCGUCAGACUCUUAAUGUACAGUUGAUAAACGGUGUAUGAACAUUCAGACGUUUUGCAUUUUAUAAAGUGCACUUUACAAUGGAUUUAGCUAUUUGGACCCAAGAACAUAGUAAAGAUAAUAUAACAAUGGUACUGCAAACAGAAUGGUGUCUUCAUUUUCCAAAAGUAUCCCAGCAUCAUGCCACGAGAGUAGUCAGCAAUUAUGGCAGCUAAACGUACAGUACAUCGUACUACAUCUCCAUGUGGAACAUCCCAUGUUAUGAGGUACUGGAGGGUCUGUGGUGCAACACUUCUUCUCCUCAUCAUACGAACCACCGAGACCUUGAUCUGCAGCAACAUCAAUGCUCGCAACAGUGCAGCAGAUCUGAAGCAGCUGGAGGGAUGCACAGUCAUUGAAGGUUUCGUGAAAAUUGUGCUAAUGGAACGCACCAAUGAGACGGAUUUCGAACCUUAUACUUUUCCCGAACUCCGGGAGAUCACUGACUUUCUCAUGGUCACCCGCGUCAGGGGCCUAAGGAGUCUGGGGAAACUGUUCCCCAAUCUAGAGAGGAUCGGAGGAUAUAGACUUAUGGAUUCCACGAACUUUGCUCUUGUGGUCCACGAAAUGUGGAGUCUUGAAGACAUUGGUCUGAAAUCCCUAAAAGAAAUAACCAAAGGAUCUGUAAUUAUUUAUAAGAACCGAGGCCUGUGUUAUACGACGACUAUUAAUUGGAGUCUAAUCCAGAACAAGUCGGAUGUGAGCAAGAACUAUGUGGCUCAAAACUAUGACCAGGCGAAUUGUCCACCAUGUCCAGACUGCAAAGAUGGUUUAUGCUGGAACGGGGCACACUGUCAGAUACAGAGGAUGGAACGCCCGGACUGCCAUUUUCGUUGCGUUGGUGGCUGCUUCGAUUCCGGGCCGAGCGGAUGUUACACGUGCCGGGGUCUCCUGGAUUCGGCUGGUAACUGUUUGGACCGAUGCCCCCCAAAGACAUACGAGUUUCUAAACCGUAGAUGUAUAACACGUGAGGAGUGUAUUACAACACCACUGUACGAUGAGGAUGACGGUUCUAAGUAUUUAGAUAACUAUCUCACAUGUGAGGACAAGUGUGUAAUGGACUGUCCUGCAGGAUAUGGGUACAACCUGGGACUAACAGACUGCCACCCAUGCAGCGGUGUCAAGUGUGAGAGAUGGUGUUUGGGUGCACAUGUUAUAAGUAUAGAAACUGCUAAAGCUUUAAGUGGAUGCACGCAUAUCGCAGGAUCAAUCAAAAUAUCAAUCAGAUCUUCAAAUCCAAAAGAAGUUUCUACUGAGCUAAAAGCUCACUUAGGUUUGAUUGAGAAAAUAACCGGUAAUCUAAAAGUAAUACGGUCAUCUGUUACAGACUUUAAUUUUUUGGAAAACUUAAUUUCGAUAGAAGGCGAAAAUAUUCCGGAAAGGAAUGCUCUUGUUGUAAUGGAAAAUCAGCAUUUACAAAAACUCUGGGACUGGAAUGUCAAACAAAAUUUGACUAUUUUAAAAGGACGGCUGUUCUUUCAUCAUAACCCAAAACUGUGUUUGGAGCAUAUCAAUAAACUGUUGAAGGUGAUUCGUUAUGAACAUAAUGUUUCUAAUUUUGAGAUCGGGAAAGAGUCGAACGGGUAUAAGUUUUCUUGCUACGAAGUUGCUAUAGAAAACAUAACAGUCACUUCUAAAUCUUCCGACAUGCUCCAGAUUCAUGUACCGCAUUCAGAAAUAAAUGGUACCUUGGGAGCUGUUCGAUUCGUGGUAUAUUACACAAAAGAUCCCUUUAUGAACCUUUCAAUGUUUGAUGAUCUCAACCAAUGCUCCGACCACGGUUGGAAGACCAAGGACUUCUCGAUAUAUCCUAAUGAUGCCUAUUUCAGAAACAAUGGAUUCUUUGUCGAUCUGAUAGGUCUGGAGCCAUUUACAAUGUACGCAUUUUAUGUCACAGCUUACAGCAUCAAUAGAAAGGGUGCAAGAAGCCGGAUGAACUACGCUAAAACCCUACCUUCAACACCUUCAGAAUUAGCUCAGUUGCAAGCUUUUUCUAAUGCAUCUAGCACAAUAACACUCCAGUGGCUUCCCCCAAAUUGUAUUAAUGGGAAAUUAAAAGAGUAUAUUGUGACGUGGUUCGAGCUGGAAGAACAGACGCCGUUGGCAGCUCUGCGAAAUUAUUGUGACCAUCCCAUAACCUACAGUACACCAACAUACCCGGAAAUGCACUUCACUACCACCCCUCAGACGUAUGCUGAAAGCAGCGACUGUUGUGAGGUUGAAAAUAAACCUACACCUGCAGCAAAUAGUUUACAGAAUCUAUGUUUGGUGGAAAAAGAAAGGUUUGAGUUCAUAAUCUAUAGGCCCUCAGACCCAAAUGCACCCAAAUCAGUGAAUAAAUUUCUCUUUAAAAACAUUAAACACCACACGGACAGUAUCAAUACUAAAAAUAGCACAAGCUUGGAGUCUAAAACAAAACAAAACGUAAUACGUCUCUCACCGUACUCUCUUGGAACGACCAUAACAGGCUUGAAACACUUCUGUGACUACGUGAUCUCGGUGGCGGCCUGUAGAUCAACAGAUCCUGAUGAGCCACACGUAUCUGAAACACUUAAAUGCAGUAAGAGAGAGAUUAUUAUUGUGAGAACUCAAGAAGACAGGAUGUCAGAUAAGAUUGAUGGAGAAAUACAGUAUGAAGUAGUGGAUGGAUCAUUGGCCAUAACUUGGAGUGCACCGGAAAAUCCAAAUGGCAUGUUGGUUGCUUUUGAAAUACACUAUCACACCAGCAAUGUGAACAAUCCAAAACCGAUUGUUGAUUGUGUGACAAUUCCUGAGUACGAGAAAAACGGAAGGCGUCACUCGAUAACAGGGCUAUCUUCAGGAGAUUACGAAUUCAGGAUUCGAGCAGUAUCGUUAUCAGGUGGGGGACCAUUCACUAGUUCCAUCCGUUUCAGUAUUGAAGAUGAAAUUUUCUCUACAUCUGAAAUGCUUCUAAUUGGUCUUGUACUGAUUAUCGUAACAGCCUUUAUGCUCCUUACGAUUUCGUAUUUCUGUCGAAUAAAGCCUUACGACAAUUAUAAUGUCAUUUUUGCAGAAGUAAAUCCAAAUUACCAGUAUAUUGCCGACCAUUUUGAGGUUGAGCGUGAAAAUGUAGAAUUUGGGCGUGAACUGGGAGUAGGUAGUUUUGGCAAAGUUUAUGAGGGAAUAUUGAAGCCAAAGAAUACACAUUGCGCGAUCAAAACUCUGUUUGAAAACGCAACAGAAGAGAACGAACAGGAGUUUCUUAGAGAAGCCACCGUUAUGAAAUCAAUGGUAGAUUCUAACCAUAUCGUUAAACUGCUUGGCGUGGUAUCCAAGGGAAGUCCAUCAUUGGUGAUAAUGGAGUUAAUGGAGUUAGGAGAUCUCAAAUCGUAUUUACGAAAAUUGAGAGAAAUUCGCCCUUUAAGUAACGCAACAAUGAUAAAAAUGGCGAUGGAAAUCGCUGACGCAAUGACGUUUAUGGAGGCACAGAAAUUUGUCCACAGAGAUUUAGCAGCGAGGAACUGCAUGGUCGGUAAGGAUUUAACGAUCAAAGUGGGCGACUUCGGUAUGGCACGUGAUAUUUAUGAAACUGACUAUUACAGGAAGUUGAACAAAGGGUUUCUACCUAUAAGAUGGAUGGCGCCUGAGAGUUUGAAAGACGGCGAGUUCACGAGUCAAUCGGAUGUGUGGAGUUACGGGGUGGUGCUCUGGGAAAUCGUGACAAUGGCCGAGCAGCCGUACCAAGGCUGUAGCAACGAACAAGUGUUACACGAAGUAAUAUUAGGAAAGACACUGGAUAUUCCAAAAAAUUGUCCAUUAUCAUUGAGGUCGACUGUACGGUCUUGUUGGAGAACUAAACCCUCCAGCAGACCCAGCUUCAUGCGUAUUCUGUUCUCCCUCGAGUACUACCAUGACGAGGAUUUCAAGCAGACUGCCUACUUUUAUACCAGGGAAGCGGAGAUCAUCAGGAAUUCUAUGUGGGGAUAUGUGGAGAUGGAGCCUUUGGUUGAUACACUUCAAGAAGUUUAAACAAUACAGGGUGUUCAGAAAAAGUGUUCCAAUACUUUGGGAUUUUGUUCUACACAUAAAAAAUGAACAAAAAUGUUCAUCUGAAGGUAUGUCCUAAAGCCUUUAGUUUUUCGUCUAUCUGGCUGUAUAUGUUUUUAUAAAACAAUUGUAUAUUUUGAACCUCUUAAGAUAAAGUUAUGAAACUUGAGAAUUGUAUUAACCUUUGGUAAACCUUAACAAAAUAACAAAAUCCUUUUACCCGUUUCAAAACGCCGUCUGUUAAAACAAAUUUAAUCGAAUAACAAAAAAGGUAUAGUUAUAAAACAUUUUUAUAGGAUGCCAGCUAUUUCGUCAUUUCGACCAAUUCCAAAUGGUACCUUUUUUAAAGAAAUCCGACAACGCAUAAGCGAUCACGACCACUUUAUAGGUGUGCUUGCACAAGCCGGGAGCAACUAAGAUUUUAUCUUUUGAUAGGCAUCAGCUAUUUUAAAUAGGUUACACAAAUUUUAUACAGUAGCAACUAUUUUGAAAUUAUUAUGACAAGUCCAUCGGUACUGUACACGUCCUAGUUGAGAUAUCAGUUGUUUGUUGCGUAUAUGAUGCUUUAUAACUAUAAAGUGAUCUUGCUCGCUUAUACGUUGUCAAAAGGUACCGUUGGAAUUUGUAUAAAAAUGUGUAGAACAAAAUCCCAAAAUAUUGGAGCACUUUUAGUGAACACUGUGUAUAUGAACUCAGUUAGUUCAUAAUACACAGAAUAAGUGUUCUUACCAUUUUUAAGAUUCAUUCAAAUAUAUAUAUUUCUUUUUUUAUAUGACAACAAAAUCAAUUCAAGCUUAAUGAGAAUAAUGAAUAUGGUUGUUUAUAAUUAUUAAAUGAGUUAAUUUGGUAAUAAAAGAAGUAUACGUGUUUGUUUUCUUAUUAUAUUCUAAAAUAAAACUGUUACAGAAGAAUAUUAUCUUUGUUUCCACAAAGAAUAGGGUUUUAUGUUUUAGAGGUUUUAUAGCUUAUGGCCUUGAUUUAUGUCAGUGAAUAGUAAAUCAUUUCAAUUAUUCUACCCUUCAAAUAAAUUUUAUUGCAUUUAAGUUAGUUUAUUUUCUUGAACAAAAAGUGGUUGUUACUUUUAUAAAUUAGGUUAAAAAUAUACCAGCAAAUAAUGAGUUAAUUUUUAUUAAGUAUAAGUUUUAUGUUCCCUUAUUUGUUUAAUUGUGGUCUAUUUGAUUCGCUUAUUAAAUUAUUCCAAAGAAAAGAAAGUUGUAAAGAGUUUAUUGCUCGAAAGGAGAACAGUGUUGUAGUGCCAUAUAUAACCAAAACUUUGGGAGUUUUUAAACUGUGUGUUUCUAAUUAUAGUUGUACAUAAUAUUAAACUAUUUUGUUUAGUUCGAGGUAAUUAUUUAUUUUUACAGAGGAGAUUUUAAUUAUUUUAUUCAUUAAUAUCCAAAAAGGCUUAGCCUUAUGUUGUAUUACACUUAAGGUAUAAUGUUAUUGUAAUUAUUUCUUACAAAACGUUCCUAAAUAUGUGUUUAGUACUUAGUAUUUUUAUUAUUAAAAUGUGCUUUACAUUUUAUAAAUUCAAAUAAAUUUAUUAAUAUUUAAA